UCAAUUUAUGGUCACACUAAUCACGAGGUAAAAAUCAUAUGAUCGAUUUGUGGUAGUGAAAAUUUUAGACGACGGGCAGAAGGCACUCACACUGCAAGCACGAUAGCACGUGAAUUCCUUCGGAACUAUUGAAUUUCCCUUUUGAUUUUGUGCAAGUGAGAAAAAAGCAGUCAAAAUGGCUUUGAGCGAUGCUGAUGUUCAAAAACAGAUCAAACAUAUGAUGGCAUUCAUUGAGCAGGAGGCCAAUGAAAAAGCUGAAGAGAUUGAUGCCAAAGCUGAAGAAGAGUUCAAUAUUGAGAAGGGACGUCUCGUCCAGCAGCAGCGUCUCAAGAUCAUGGAGUACUAUGAGAAGAAGGAGAAACAGGUCGAGCUGCAGAAGAAAAUCCAAUCCUCAAAUAUGCUCAAUCAGGCUCGCUUGAAGGUGCUUAAAGUGCGUGAAGAUCAUGUGAGCAGUGUGCUGGAUGAUGCACGCAAACGUCUCGGUGAAGUCACCAAGAAUGAGGCCGAAUACAAAGAAGUUCUGAGCAAACUGAUUGUCCAAGGCCUGUAUCAGGUGAUGGAACCCAAAGUAACUCUUCGCUGCCGUCAAGUCGAUGUACCUCUCGUUAAGGCUGUCCUUCAGUCAUCCAUUGAGCAGUACAAAGCCAAUAUGAAUCAGGAUGUCGAUCUCUUCGUGGACGAGAGAGAAUACCUGGCUGCGGAUACUUGCGGAGGUGUCGAAUUGUUAGCAUUGAAUGGACGCAUCAAGGUGCCAAAUACCCUGGAGUCCAGAUUAGAAUUGAUUUCACAGCAGCUUGUGCCAGAAAUCCGUAACGCUCUGUUCGGUCGUAACGUUAAUCGCAAAUUCACCGAUUAAAUUUGUCUUUAAGUGCAAAAUCAACCAGAAAACAAUAACGCAAAUACCACAAAUACAUUAAACAAAAGAAGUAAAAAGUUCAAGUUUACCAUCAACAAUAAGAACACCCACUAAAUGGAUGAACGAGACGAUCCCCAUUGAACUCUUGAACUUUAUUUAAACAAAAUUGUGUCUAUUAAUUAUAAUUAUUAUUGCCGUUGUCUUUUUAUAGUGAAACUGAGAAACAAAAACACACAUGAACCUUUGGUUGGAUAUGUAAGCUACAAAUAUGAGUUAAUAACGCAUAUGAACUUACAUACUCGCCAAAAAUGAAAAUACUUACAAUAUAUUUUAGAAAAUAUUUCAACAGAUAAAUCAAGUUCGAAGUGCAUUCAAAUCCGUAAAAAAGAGUUUGUUAAAGUUUGUUUUUAUGAACUAACCGGCGUUUAACAAUAUUAAGCUAAUCAUAAUAACAUUCCUCAAAACAUUUUUGCGAUCCGUACAUUAUUUUUUUUUUUAGUUAUGUCGAUGCGAAUGCGUCUUUGCAAUAUAUUUCUGUAAUAUUAUAAUCUUUUGUUUUUGCCACCCCUUUUCUCUGUAUCUGUAAUUUUUGUUGUAUAUUUUUUUAUUUUUUCGAUUACUGUUUAAUUGUUGUUAUCCUUCUCUUUAGACAUGUUAUUCAAAUAUAUUUAAACACAAAUUAAAUGAAACUGCAAUGUGCGAUGCAGCGGUGAGGCACGUGUGCCACUUGCAACGUACACCAGACGCACUCUCAGCAUUAUUACCGACGACCCACCGAAAUUAAAUGCCUUCAAUUUCGCUGGCUCGUCGGUAAUGUGCGGCUGCGCACUUGCAACUGGCACAUUGUAUUAUCAAAAUGAAACAUCCAUAUAAAGUCUGUUGUUGAUCGAGCAAUGUAAAGUACACACAGUUACCAAAAACGAAUUGCACGCGAAAACAGUUAACGAAGUAUUGCCAAGUGGCCAAGUAGCUAAAUUUGUUCACAUAUAAAUUACAUAUUAUAAAUGCCCUGAUGUUUUACCUGCUUCCAAUUCCAAAUCAUAUAAACCAUAAAUAAAAUAUAUAUAAAUAUAUACAUAUGAUUAAAUGAUGAAAAAAAAAAACUAUAUGAAAAUGGAAAUUAGUCAUAACAAUUUAUGUACAUAGCUGCCGCUGAUGUCGCACAUCUGCAGGAAUAAUUAAAACGCACGUUCAUAUCUGGCUCUUAAAAAACAAACACAUUAUUGUAUUUAAAUGUUUGCGUGUUCACGAAAAAAGUAACUACAAAUUUAGCAUAACAACAAAUACAAUAAAGAAAACCAAUAGCAUAUGCAUUAUUACAUAAAUAUAUAUAUAUAUAUACAUAUAUAUAACAUCGAGUAAAAUGAAUUAUAAAUGCAACAAAAUUACUUUUAAACUUAAACAAAAUUUAUGUUGAAUAAAAACAGUAUUUCCAAAAACAAAACCACAAGAAAACAACUUAUUUAGCCCGUAAUCCAGGUGGUGCUAUGUGCAAACCAAAUUCGUUGUACCUCACAUGGUAAUCUGAAAUUUACACGAUAUGCUUUUUUUAUUAACUACUGCUGGCUGAGAAAAGUAUUAAAUAACCUUGUGUCAAUUGCUUCAUUUCGAAUACGCGCUACCAAACCUAACGAAUACUGAAGAACUCCAUUAAAUUUAAUCUAAAGUUCUCCAGUUGCACAGAUACGGCAGAUAUAAGCAACAAAAUAUUUUCUAAAACCACUACGGUUGAGGCGGAUAUAAACGAAAAUUUUUAAGGACAAUAAUAAAAAAAAUUGUUCCAUUCGCAAGUAAAAUCUAUUAAAUAAAAAUAAAACAACUUUUCCUUGUUUUACAUUUGUUUAUUUUAAUUGUAUAUAUUUAUGUAUAUCUUGUUUUCCAUGCAAUUUUCUUUGUUAAUCAUUUCCAUUCCGAUAAAGAAGUUCGGUAUCCUCCCAUAUAUAUGUUUUGUCAUUUGGUGAAUGACAUUGCGCCGAUUUUGUCUUUGUUUGAAAGUAUUCAAGUGUUUAUAUAAAUCGUUUGUCGAUGCAUUUACUAUUUCCUGACCA